CUUUAAAUUAUCUAUCCAAACCUCGAUCUUAUCUCCCAAUCCCAGUCUAUAUUUUGAAGAUUUGAUCUUCUGGGUACUUUCCCAUUUCUCCUCCGAAGUCUGCAAUGGAAAAAACCAAAGCUUUCUCUCUGUCAGAAGUCUCACUCCAUACUUCUAAAAAAGAUUGCUGGGUAGCCAUUCAUGGAAAGGUCUACGAUGUCACUAUUUUCUUGGAAGAACACCCAGGUGGUGAAGAGGCUCUGUUAGAGGCAGCAGCCAAAGGAGAUGCUACAGAAGAUUUUGACGAUGUGGGUCAUAGUUCCACAGCAACAGCCAUGAUGAGUAGCUACUUGAUCGGUGUUCUGAAGAGUGGAGCUGAUUCCGGUGACGUUGCCGGAAGUUCGAAAUCUGUGAAAGAAGAGAAGCAAGAGAGAUUUGUUCCAGCCAAGGUAUCAGAAGAGAAGAAGCAAUCUUCCUCUGCUUUCAUGAACCUUAUUCCACUCCUUAUCAUUGCUGUGGCUUUUGCAGCUUGGUAUUAUCUGAAUAAAGUCAAAAUUUAAAUUU